AUGGCGCAGAACUGCAUCCCGCUCACCGAUUCUACCGAGUGCCCGAGCUUCAGCGCCGCUUCAAUCACAACAGACAAUACCGUCGCCAGCCUCUUUCCAUUUCUUUACGAUGUCACGGAUACUGCAUCCUUCGACAGCAGUUUGCGGGACUACAUUGCUCGUAAUUACACGCAGCGACAAUACCAGGAAUUACUGGGCUGCUCUAAUGUGAACCUCAAUAACACUACAGACUUCUACGCCAGAUAUACAACGAGCGUAUUGUGUAAUACUGUGGUCCAAAAUUCCGUCAGCUAUUGUGGUCUAACUGGCGAUGCCACACGACCACUCUGUGCCGACUCCUGUGCCGAGUUUGCUCAGAACGAACAAGAAAUCGUCGCAAGUAACAUCUGCGGCACCUCACGAAAUUCCGAUGUCCUCACGCAGAUUCGGGCGGACUUUACGAAUUGCGCCCUGCCUGCCAAUUCGCUCACUCAAUCAUGCAUCCAGGCCACCGACAAUCAGCCUGACGACUGUGGAUUCACAAACAAUCUUGUCGGACUUUGUCAGUUCUGUUCGACCAGCUCGCAAAACGGCACCGACUCAUGUUGCGUGUUCUCGAACACGACAGAAAGGUGCCAGGAUGUGACUUUGCCAGUGGUCGCUGCAGCAUCACUGGCGACUCCCGUCACUUUGACUGUGUCUGCGACAGCCACGACUACGGCGACUCCGAGCGGGUUUCAAACGGCCGAAGCAAACACAAACACUGGACUCAGCAAAGGCCAGGUUGCUGGUAUCGCAGUUGGAUCUGUCCUUGGUGCUGUUGCACUCCUGGGCCUCAUCAUUGUCGGCUGCCUUGUAUUGAAACGACGUAGAGACCAUAGUCCGGCCACUAGUGUCUUCAAUCAACCUGCACCAGGACGAGCCCAGCCGGAAAUGACCGGGUACAGCGAUGGGGCACGCGAUUAUCAAGAACGCGCGGGUCUUGCGAUUUUGCCUGGUGGCCGUGUGGCGAGAAUGACGGCGUUGGAGGGAGAUGCCAGCUCGGAACACGACACCCCGUACACCAUGGCCGCCUAUGCCAAAGAUACUUCUGAGGAAGAAGAUACUCCAGAGUCAAGGCUCGCGCCACCACCGAAGCGCAGUGGCUCGCUUUCGAGCGGCUCACAACUUGCAGUUGCGGGUGUUGCAGAACCAGACACCUCCCCAAGCUCUGGCGCCGAAUAUACAUCGCCUGAGUCUCCAGGGCAGAGCGAGCAGCUCGGCUUCUUCAAGGACUAUUACUCCCAAGACGAGAUUCGCCCUGGCGACCUUGUAUCGACUCUUUGGGCGUACGAGCCACGAGCGGCGGACGAGUUCCAGCUGGAACGAGGGGACUUGAUCAAAGUGAUUGGCAUCUGGGACGAUGGGUGGGCGACUGGUGUGAGAGUUCGACAGAGAGCGGAAGACUGGAGGCCUGAAGGAAAGGUCCAACGUGACAGUGGGCUCAGUGCGCCUCCCGAUACCGCGGAUGAAGGCGAGGUCAAAGCCUUCCCUCUGGUCUGCGUUUGCCUACCGCAACACUGGCGUAAGACAAUCGAGGGCGACUCAACACAAGGCUCUGGCCCUGGAGGGUACCCAGAACGAGGAUCCUAG